CAAACCAAUAAAGGAGGUAUUGAAAGGAGGGAGUAGUUACACCAGAGGACAGCUCAGAGGGAAAGAACCGCAUUUUGUUUCUCAUCAAAAGGAUAGCAGUUAAAGAACAACAAAAAUACAGCUGAGAUCUAGAAUCGCCCUCAUGGCAUGGGGGAGUGACAUGAUCGCUGAUCUGAUUGGUGGGCGCACUGUCAAUCAUCUGUCCAUUGCAGCCUGAGGGCGGGGUUUGACCUUGGCUGUGGAAGGAGUGGAGGACCGCGAAUUCAAACAACUCUGCUAAGCGCAGCUGGACCAUGUCACGACUCAGAGGAACCCCAUGGAUAUCACUCACCAUGAUUCAUCCAAUGGCUACUCUACGCCUUUUUACCUGGAUUGUGCUUGCGGCUGCUUGGCUAGCCAUUACGAGGGCUCAGCAGCACCCUAUUGUCACGACAAACUACGGCAAGCUAAGAGGCUUGAAAACGGCUCUGCCCAAUGAGAUUCUAGGGCCUGUGGAACAGUAUCUGGGGAUUCCCUAUGCCCUCCCGCCCACGGGGGAGAGAAGGUUUCAGCCCCCCGAGCCCCCCAUGUCGUGGCCAGGGAUUCGAAAUGCCACACAGUUUGCUCCUGUUUGUCCUCAGUUUCUAGAAGACCGGUUUUUACUCAAUGAUAUGUUACCCGUAUGGUUCACCGCCAACUUGGAUACUGUUGUAACCUACGUACAAGAUCAAAGCGAAGACUGCCUGUACUUAAACAUUUAUGUUCCCACAGAGGAUGACAUCCACGAUGAGAAUGGGCUGAGACCCGUAAUGGUUUACAUCCACGGUGGGUCCUACAUGGAAGGUACAGGCAACAUGAUUGACGGCAGCAUUCUGGCCAGCUACGGAAAUGUAAUUGUGGUGACCCUGAACUAUAGGCUGGGAGUACUGGGCUUCCUCAGCACAGGAGACCAGGCCGCUAAAGGGAAUUAUGGCCUUUUGGAUCAGAUCCAGGCUCUGCGCUGGAUAAGUGAGAACAUUGGCUAUUUCGGUGGUGAUUCCAACCGCAUCACAGUUUUUGGAUCAGGAAUCGGUGCCUCUUGUGUGAGCCUUUUGACCCUGUCCCACCAUUCUGAAGGACUGUUUCAUCGUGCCAUAAUCCAGAGUGGCUCAGCAUUGUCCAGCUGGGCCGUCAACUACCAGCCGGUUAAGUACACGAGGCUGCUGGCAGAGAAAGUGGGCUGUAAUGUGCUGGACACGCUAGACAUGGUAGACUGCCUGAGAAAAAAGAGCGCUCGUGAGCUGGUGGAGCAAGACAUCCAGCCAGCGAGAUACCACGUCGCCUUUGGCCCAGUCAUCGACGGAGAUGUCAUUCCAGACGACCCUGAGAUCCUGAUGGAGCAGGGCGAGUUCCUCAACUAUGACAUCAUGCUGGGUGUCAACCAGGGAGAGGGCCUGCGCUUCGUGGAGAACGUUGUGGACUCUGAAGAUGGCGUCUCGGGCAAUGAUUUCGACUUCUCGGUCUCUGACUUUGUGGACAGUCUUUAUGGUUACCCAGAGGGAAAAGAUACGCUACGAGAAACCAUUAAGUUCAUGUACACGGACUGGGCGGACAGAGACAACCCUGAGACGCGGCGUAAGACUCUGGUGGCGCUUUUCACCGAUCAUCAGUGGGUGGAGCCCUCGGUGGUGACGGCAGAUCUUCACGCCCGCUACGGGUCGCCAACGUACUUCUACGCCUUCUACCACCACUGCCAGAGCCUGAUGAAGCCCGCUUGGUCAGAUGCAGCCCACGGAGAUGAGGUGCCCUACGUCUUUGGCAUUCCCAUGAUUGGCCCCACCGACCUCUUCCCCUGCAACUUCUCCAAGAAUGAUGUCAUGCUCAGUGCUGUUGUCAUGACCUACUGGACAAACUUUGCCAAAACUGGAGAUCCCAACAAACCAGUGCCUCAGGACACCAAGUUCAUCCACACUAAGGCCAAUCGCUUUGAAGAGGUAGCCUGGUCCAAAUACAACCCUCAAGAUCAGCUGUACCUGCACAUCGGCCUCAAGCCUCGAGUCCGGGAUCACUACCGCGCCACUAAAGUGGCCUUCUGGAAGCACCUGGUCCCUCACCUGUACAACCUUCACGACAUGUUCCACUACACCUCCACCACCACCAAAGUGCCACCGCCCGAGACGACCCAGAACUCCCUGUCCACCAAACGCCCGAACGGCAAAGCCUGGCCGUUCAACACCAAGCGGCCUCCGAUGUCUCCGGCCUACAACAGCGAGAGCGGGAAGGAGCAGUGGAACGGAGAAGAGGAGCCAGGCCCUCUGGUGGUGGAGAACCCGCGGGAUUACUCCACUGAGCUGAGCGUGACCAUCGCGGUGGGAGCUUCGCUGCUGUUCCUCAACGUCCUGGCGUUCGCCGCUCUGUACUAUCGCAAGGACAAGCGGCGACAGGAGCAGCACCCGCAGCCCAGCCCUCCACGAGCCACCAACACCAACGACGUCAACCGGCACGCCCCCGAAGAGGAGAUCAUGUCCCUGCAGGUCAACCAGACGCACCACGAGUGUGACGCAGGGCCACCCGGAGACCCCUUACGGCUCGCUUCGCUCCCCGACUACACGCUGACUCUGCGGCGCUCGCCCGACGAUAUCCCGCUCAUGACGCCCAACACCAUUACCAUGAUCCCCAACUCGCUGGUGGGCAUGCCCAACCUACACCCGUACAACACCUUCACAGCUGGCUUCAACUCCACCGGCCUGCCACACUCCCACUCCACCACGCGUGUAUAGCUUUAUGGUCAUCCGACAAGAGGGAGGGACGGGGGAAGAGUCUUCGGCUUCAAUGAAAACACUGAAGCGAGAGGAGGGGGUUCAGGACGAUGGUGGAUACGAAAAGAUUUGAAUAGACUUUUGCAAAAAGCAGUGACAAGUUCUUUCCAGAUGUCAAGUUGUGCAAACCUGCCAAAACAGAACUGCUCUCUUUCCUUUGAAAAGGGACGAGCGUUUCAAGCAGUAUUUUUUCUAAUCAUCGUUUUAAAAGAAAAGAAAGAAACGCCUUUUUAAGCAGAACCGGGCGAAUGGGGCGAUCACUUUUUUCUUGAAUAAAUAACAAAAAAAAAAUACAAAAAAAAAACAAAAAGGAAAGUGCAUUUUAUUUCCCAUCACAAUCUUUUGUGGGAAACAUGUUUCAAAACUGUGGCCUCUAAGGUGACGUCUGCAUAAUAUCGUUUGCUUUGCUUUUCGAUUUCUUUUCAAUGCCUUAUAAAGAGCUGUUUUUUUUUCCUCUUAAUUUGACGAUCUUUCCCUGAGAUGUGUCUGUGUGGAACGUAGCGAUCUGACUCGGAGUGGUUGGAUUCCGGGAAGCAUUAGACAGACGACAAAUAUGGAAAGCGCUGGAUCGAAACGGUAACCGCAACUCGUUUUCCAGUUGCAUAAGCUCACAUGUGGUGUUUUAACUUUUUUUCUUGGUUCUACUGAAAACCUUUAGUUUGAAGCUUUUCCGUUGGACAAGACUGGAGAUGAAGACUUUUACUGUGUUUUGUUUAAGAAAAGUGCAUCUUUUACAACAAGAUUAUCUAUCGGCUCCUGUGUCAAAUUCCCAAGAAAUGCACACUUACACACAAUGCUCAGAGCACUGUUUGACUGGUGUGUGUGUGUGUGUGUGAGAGAGAUUCUGGGUGUGAAUGGGAAUAUUUGAGUUGAGUCUGUGUGUGUGUGUGUGCGCGUGUGUGUGUGAGUUUUGGAUUGCCUUUGCCAUGUUUUCUGUUAUAUAUUUGUGUGAUGGGGGUGGGGCGGGGGGCUUCUUUACCACUGCAUUGAUUUUGUUCACCACAAGUAGUGUUUCAGCUGCGUCUACUGUCGUCUGUCUUUGCGAAAUAGAACUUUUUGUUAUUUUAAAAAAAAGUUACAUAUGUCUAAUUUUGCUUAAGAAUUACAAAAUAAAUCUAUUAUUUUACAUGCAAGAGAAAACAAUAGCUUAAGAUUGAACUGAACUAACUGACAUGAUUCCAUUGACUUUGUAAGCGUUCCUCUCGACUGGAGACAGUGGCCUCUUUACACUGAAUAACCUGACUUCAGUGUUGACCUGUGUUUCUUUAAAUAUAUAUAUAAAUAUGGGCAUACAUACAUAUAUGUAUAGGGCUUUUAUGAAGAUUUUGCUCCCAUUGAACCGAAAGUGUAAAUGACCAUUAUAAUCAAUUCUUAUGCUGAAAGCACCAAUAUUCAGAGGGCAGAGCAGUUAGUGUCUGUGCUAGUUUUAUCCUCUACACCAUAAUCUGAGGCCACAACAAGUGUCUUUUUAAUAGCUCUAUAUGUAUAUUUAUGUAUAAAUAUAUUUAAUAUUUAUUUAUGUAUACCAGAUGUAUACAUGCUGAUUGUGCCAUGUGCCAAAUUAAACCAUAAAACUGGAGAAGAAAACGGUUUCCAAAAAACUUUAUUUUACCUAUAAGUUUUAUUUGUUGCACAUCACGGCUAAUGCAUAUUUGCCAUCUGAUUUUUGUUGCUUAACAUAUGAGGAUUUUUUUUUAAAUGAAGUUAUGGGUGGAAUAGUAUGUUAAAUCAGUAACACUUUACAAUAAAAUGUCAUUUCUGAAUAUCAGUUAAUGUAUUAACUAAAAUAAAUGAACGCUUUUAUUACAGUAUUUGUUCAUUUUUGCUAAUGUUAGGGUUAGGGUUCAUUGUUAGCUCAUGUUAGUUCACAGCGCAGUCACUAAUGUUAAAAAGCACAACUUGAGAUUUUAAUAACGCGUCACUAAAUGCUGGAAUUAACAUGAAAUAAAUUUAAUGAAUGCUGUAGAAGUGUUGUUCAAUAUGAGUUAAUGUUAACUAAUGAACUUUAUUGUAAAGUGUUACCGUUAAAUCAAUCAUCUGUACGCCCAUCUGUAAGCACUAAAUAUACCUUGAAAAAUAAAAUGCCCUGUGAAAACUCUAA